AUGAGUGUCGAUAAUAAGUUGUUUGUAACAGAAGAGGAGGAGGAAGAUAGGACGCAGGAUCGUGCUGAUGUUGAGGACGAAUCUAACGAUGUUGACAUGACAGCGGAAGAGAACGGAACAAGCAGUGCUGUUGCUAAUGGACCUGAAAAAGAGCAACAAGAACAAGAACAAGUAAAAUCUGAAGAAGUUUGCGGUGAAGAUGAAGAGAAAGAGGAAGAGGAAGAGGAAGACCCGAUAGUUGAGGAGUUCCCAUUGAAUAUCUCUGGUAACGACGAGUCACUACACGUGUUUCAAUACGCAAAUAGACCAAGGUUGAUCGGGCGCAAGCCUGCUGAGCAUCCGUUCAUCUCUGCGGCGAGAUAUAAAUCCAAGUCGCAUUUAUGGGAGAUAGAUAUCCCAUUGGAUGAGGAGGCCUUCUAUAAUAAGGAUAAGGCUGAAAGCGAUUGGAGCGGUGUCAAUGUCCAGACAUUAAAGGGCGUGGGUGUGGAGAACAACGGCCAGUACGCUGCUUUUGUCAAAGAUAUGCAGGUCUAUUUGGUGCCUGUUGAGAGGAUAGCGCAACUGAAGCCAUUUUUCAAGUACAUUGAUGACGUAAAUUUAACAAGAAAACAGGAAGACGCCAAGAGGAACCCCAAUCCUACGUCACAACGUGCUCAAGUGGUCACUAUGUCUGUGAAGAGCGUGAACGACCCUUCACAGAAUAGACUCACUGGUUCCCUGCUGGCACACAAAGUGGCUGAUGAAGAGGCUAAUCUUGAAUUGACCUGGGCAGAAGGUACGUUUGAGCAAUUUAAAGAAACUGUCGUGAAGGAAGCCGAAGGUAAAACCUUGAUUGCCUUAGAAAAACAAGAGGAUUAUAUAGAUAACUUAGUUUGA